GCCCUUUGUCCUCUUACAAAUACCAUAGCUCUCACAUAGGAAGGACCCAAAGCCUUGACAAGCAAGGGUUUUGAGACCUAUCAUGAGGCUGUUUAGCAUCUUCAUUGGCACCCUCUUUUUCAUUGGAGCAGCAGGAUCUGUUGAUGACGUCUUUGAUCUCUCUGAUGCCUUAACUCCUGUUGAGCCUCCUCAGAUUAACCCAGGAAAAGAUCAGUGUUCCAAUGAAGCUCGAGACAUUGUCUUCCUGCUUGAUGGCUCAACCAGUGUCCGUCCCUCAGAUUUCAUUCAAAUGAAAGUUUUUCUUGCUCUCAUGAUGAAAAGCUUCCCUCAGAAUACACAUUUUGCUCUCCUACAGUUCUCCAGCCACUUUCAAGAACAUUUUGACUUUAGACAUUUCCAGAGAAAUCGCGAUCCUGACCACCUGAUGAGAGAAGUGAAUCAGCUAAGAGGCUCCUCAUACACAGCCACUGGGAUCAGGAAAGCCACGGAGCUAUUCACUACACAGAAAGGUGCCCGACCGACAGCCAAGAGGUUCCUUGUGGUGCUUACUGAUGGGGAGAAAUUUGGGGACAUGUUGGAGUAUGAAGAGGUGAUAGAGGAAGCCAAUCGAGCCAAAAUUACACGCUUUGCCAUUGGGAUUGGCAUAGUCUUCACAAGCAAAGUUGCCCAGAGGGAGCUCCACAGCAUUGGCUCUCACCCUACCGCAGACCACGUCUUUGUCGUGAGACACUUCACUGGACUCCGGGACAUCCAGACCCAGCUGAAAGAGAAGAUCUGUGCCAACCAUGGCCUCGGGGUCCCGCAUGCAACAGGAGCACCACCACUCUCACCGGGCACCUGCCCCGCACUUGAUCCCCAGGUGCUGCACAAACUGGAGCAAGUGCUGAGGAGCCUGGAUCAGGUCAAAACCAAGCUGGAUUUCCUGGAGGCUAAACAAGGGAAAUGUGCGCAAAGGCCCUAGUAUGUGCCCUACAACCGAAGACAAGCGAUGAAGGGGGACAUAUGAGAAGCUCAUAUAAAGGAGACGAGAAAUUGCAAGAUACAGGGUGCAUCCACAUUGUAUAAUUAAUGCAGUUUGACAUCACUUUAACUGCUACGCCUCAAUGCUAUGCAAUCUUGGGAGUUGUAUUUUUGGUAAGGCACCAGCAUUCUUUGAUGGAGAAAACUUGGAAAACUGCAAGCCCCAGGAUUAUAUAGCAUUGAGCCAGGGCAGUUAAAGUGCUUUCCAACUGCAUUAAUUCAACAAUACAGACGCACCCAGUCUCCCUUUUUGUAUGCCAACACUAUUUGAUUGUUGGGUGGUUUAUACAUUCAGGUGUAAUGUGGCUUCUUGUAAGAUACUGAAGUGAUUCUGAAACCAAUAAAGCCAUCUGGUCUCUG